AUGACUUCAUUGACUAGAGGUUUCGAACAAUUCGAAUCUAAACUUUUCUUAACUAUUAGUCAAGAAAACCAUGGUCAAAAUGUAUUUCUUUCACCAACAAGUAUUGCUCUUGCCCUAUCAAUGUGUACAGUUGGUGCUCAAAAUGAAACAUUACAACAAAUGUUACAAGUAUUUGGAAUAUCAUCAAAAGAAGAAUUAACUCAUAUAGCUGAACAAAUUAUGCAAGUGUUUUCGCGUGCUAAUCAAAAUAAAUCAUCAACAAAAGAAUGUACAAAUGAUUUUACAUCUUUAAGACCAAGAGCUUCUAUUGAAACUCAUAUGAUGUCAUUUCAACUUCAAUUAGUUAAUCGUCUUUAUGUACAAAAAGGAUAUAAAACACAAGAAAAAUAUUUAGAUCGUAUUGAACAAUCUUUUCAAUCUAAUGUUAAACUUGAAGAUUUUCAAAAUAACAGUGCUAAUGUUGUUCAAAAAAUCAAUACAUGGGUAGAAGAACAAACAAACGGACGAAUAUGUAACACAUUAUCAACAAAAGACGUCACUAGUGAUACACGAUUCGUUCUUAUUAACUGUAUCUACUUCAAGGGUGAAUGGCAAGACAAAUUUCAAGCAACAAAUACUGAUAAAAAUGCAAAUUUUUAUCAUGCUAAUGGUGUCAUUUCAAAAAUUGAACUAAUGUAUAAAAAAGAAUCUUAUAAUUAUGUUGAUAACAAAGAUUUACAUGUUCAAAUUGCUCAUUUACCAUAUAGAAGUUCAGAUCAAUAUUUGAAAUUUGUUUUCACAGUUGUUUUACCAUAUGAAGGUAUUGAAUUAAAUAAUGUCGAACGAAUAUUAAUGUCAAAUCCAAAAUUAAGACAACAGGUAUUAAAUAUGGAAAGUGCACCAUUAACAGACCUUUCACUUUAUUUGCCGAAAUUUAAAUUAGAAACUAAAUAUGAAUUAAAAGAUAUUCUUAUCUCAUUGGGAAUGAAAGAUGCAUUUAGUGAUAGAAAAGCAGAUUUUAAAGAUAUUAUUGGUACAAUAACUGAUGAAAAUCGUAUAUGUAUAAGCAAAGUUAUUCAUAAAACAUUUCUCAAUGUCAAUGAAAGCGGUACAGAAGCUGCGGCUGCUGCAGUGGUCAUGCUGAGACGUUAUGGGUCUUCAUUUAGUAGUAGAUCAUCGUCGAUUGAAUUCAAAGCUAAUCGACCAUUUUUAUUUUUCAUUCAUGAAGUUCAACAAAAUGUUCUUCUCUUCAAUGGAAAAUUUGUUUCACCAUGA